CAUCUAUGUGGCGAAAUAUUGAGGCGACACUCAGCCUGAGACAACAUUCAGACAAUGAAUUGCAGUCAAGUUUAGUACAUGUACUUAAAAAUAAUUAAUAAAUAUGGCAACUGCCAAUUCAUUGGUUUUUGUUCAAAUUGUAUUUCGUCAUGGUAAUAGAACACCAGCAACAUCGUUCCCAACCGACAAACACAAAGAUAACCACUUUAAACCCUAUGGUCAAGGACAAUUAACGCAUCAAGGCAAAAAGGAAUCUUUCAGUUUGGGAAAAAUCUUGCGUGGUCUUUACGGAUCGUUAUUGGGAGAUGAAUACGAUCCAGAUGUCUUGUAUUCUGUCACAUCCGGCAUGGCGAGGACCGAAUUAACGUUGCAGUGCGUUCAUGCGGGUUUGUUUCCUAUUCGCAAAGACAAGCAACUUGAGGAAGGCCUCACCUGGCAACCAAUUUUGUACGAUGUUUAUCCCAAAAGCGGAGAUAAAUAUUUAGCAUAUCAUCGAUACAACAACUCUUUGUUAGACGUUCAUAGAAAACUUGAUCCGGAAACACAGAAACUGUACGAUUAUGUGAGUCAACAUGCCGGGACAAAAAUACAAACAUCGCAUUGCUUUUUCAAAGUACAAAACGCCAUCCAAGUUCAGGCAGAACUUGGUUUAGAGCCGCCAUCUUGGGCAAAAUCAAUUCCUUCAGAGGUUAUGAUGGACCACACUUUGAAUUUUUGGGAGGACUUGGCUACACUUCGUUUGCCUGAUGUAGCAGGACCUCUAGUGCAGUUAAUAACAAAUAAUUUCAAUGCAAAAGUGAACUCCGACAAAGGAUUUGAAGAACGUAAAAUAUGCUUGUUUUCUGGACAUGAUCUCAAUAUUGUAGCAUUAUUAGGAGCGUUUAAUUCAUUCAAACGGAAAUAUACUGGUUAUUGUUCUUUUAUUGCAAUGGAACUGCAUCUAAUUGAUGAGAAAUAUUUUGUUAAAAUUGUUUUCCAAAAUGGAUUGGAUGAAACUACUAGAAAACCCUUGAAGAUCAUUCCAUCUAUGUCAGAAGACUUUUGUACUUUGGACGAGUUUAUUAACGCCACUAAGUGGUUGUAUACAUCAGAAAGUUGAAAUAUUUAAGAUAAUAAAACGUCACUGCAUAUUUAAA